CGACUUUUCCGUAUCCGCCUUCCAAAUUUCGCUGCAGCGGAUUGGUGCUUGGCUUGUUGUUGUUUGUUGUGUGUGGGUGGCACGCCAAACCAGCCAGAAGCAGAAGAAGGCAACGACCAACCACGGCCGUCCCGGCACAAGGACACAACAGGAGGGGGAACAGAACGAACGAUGCUGAGGAGGAAAGAUGCAGCCGCAGCCAAGGCCAGCUCAAUACAAGUCCCGGAGCCAAGCGGGCUGGCAAACCUGGGCAACACAUGCUUCCUCAACACGGUGUUGCAAGGGCUGGCGAGUUUGCGUGACACAACCGAGCCCCUCGACAAGCUCCUCGCCACCGACAGGGCCAUUCGCGUCAUUGUCCCAACCUCGCGCGCCGUGUACAAGUCCAAGGAGGUGGCAAUGAAGGCAAUAGAGGUCAUUGUGCAGAAUGACUCGCCAUCCCCCAUCUCACACGCGCUGUUGCACGUCCUUCGCGACCUGCAAUCACCAAAACCCAUCAUUGUGCAGCCACGUGGUCUCUUCAACUCCAUCUCCCAGAAGGCGCCACAAUUCCGCGGGUACCGGCAGCAGGACGCGCAGGAACUGCUGCGUGUUCUUCUCGACUGUGUUGAGCAGGAGGAGCUGCAGCGGGUGCAGCGCGCGAUUUUCGAGCGGUUUGAGGUUGAGCACGACGACAAGGACUUCCCCGAUGUCCUCAAAGACGUCGACCCGGCGCUUGCAGAACGCCUCAGAGUGUAUUCUCGCAGCGCCGAGACAUUUGUGCAGCGCAUGUUUGGCGGCCGCUUUGGCAGCACAAUCGUCUGCCAGCACUGCAAGACGGUGUCGCGAACAAGCGAGCCGUUCUUGGACGUCGCACUCUCCAUCACGGACACAACGCGGGCCCCGUCCACCCUCUCGCUUCCACGCACGUCCCGCCGUGGCCGCUCACCGACAGGUGUGGCCAUUAACAAAGGCCUCACCACCCUGCCCAGGAGCGACAGCAGCAGCUGCGGUGGUGCUGGUGUUGAUGGUGAUGGGUGUGCGAUACCAACCACGGGGCCAGACGGCAAGCCGUUGACGAAGAAGCAGCGCAAAAAGCUUGAGCGAGAGGCAAAGAAGCGACAGAAGCAGUUGCGGAAGCAAGGGCGCGGGAAGAAAGGAAAGCGCAACAAGCAUCAGGUUCCACCGGGGACAAAAGAAGCAGCAGCAGCAGCAGCAAACGCGACAGACAAGCAGCGUGACAGCAACAGCGAUGGUGAUGGUGAUGGUGAUGGUGAUGACAAGAAGAAGGUUGCAAACGACGACACAAAGGCGUGCACUCAAGAAGGUGGUGAUGAUGAUGGCUGUGCCACUAAUGGUGAUGAUACGACCAGGGAUGACGCUGCGACCAUGACAGAUGAUGACGGGGAGGUGUCUGGAAGGACGUCUCAACUGUCACAACAGCUGCAAGACGCGCUCACUCUUGACAGCCACAGUGGUGGCAAUGGUGCUGACGGUGAUGGUGAUGACGCCGCGUCAAGGACAACAGCGACGUGUGAGGACGAUCGGGGGAAGGAGGUGGAGGUGGAUGCGGUGUGGGAGACUGGACUCGUCGGCGGACACACACAGGCGCCAAUGCAAGCAGCGGGCAUUUUGAGCCCGAAUUCAAAUCGCGCGGCACGCUCGCCACGGCGGCCGCGAAGCAUGCUGCAGAGCAUUGGGGAGGAGAAUGUGGGCGAAGAGGACGGUGGUGGCUCUGAGCAGCACGCGGUGGAUAUGAAUGGACACCACCCGAACGGCAGUGAUGUGUUGGAUGGCAAGCAAGCCCUGGCAGGCAUGAUGCGAGGUGAUGGGAAAGGUGUCAGGGCACGCGAUACAGACACAGGCACCACGUCCCCAGCCGUGUGCAUCAUCGAUGUGGAUGAGAUGUUGGAGGAAAGCUGCCCACCAACGCAACCAUCCUCGAGGCAGCCACCUGAUGCCACUGCCGCAUCAAAUGCAUCCGCCACCACAGCAGGACACGGGACGGUGACCAGCUUCAGUGUGCAGCCCAACGCCGCCGCAACAACGACAACAACAACAACAACAACAACAACAACAACAACAGCACCAGCAGUGAAGACGACAGCCCACACCGCAGGACGGUCAGCAACUGCGGCCCCAAUGCCCUCCACCGCCACAACAGCGCCAUCACCGGCACCGCUGUCCUCCGCACCCAUGUCCACUUCGUCCCUUCCCACACUCAACGGACACCACCACCAGCACCACCACCAGCACAGCCAGUACCACGCCAUUCGCGGCCAUAGCAUGCGUGCAGGCAGCCGCACACACUCGCGCACGGCAAGCCUCCUCUCUGACGUGUCCAUUGAAGACCUACAUGCGGUCCCGGACGUAAAAGUGCCCCUGGAAGACCGGACCGUUGCUCCAAUGUACGAGCCCGCGCCGGGGGAGAGCUCUGUCCAGGCGUUUCUCGCCGCAUUCUGCAAAGAAGAGCGACUUGCAGGCCACAACCGGUUUGCGUGCGAGGAAUGUGCGCGGCGAG